AUGGCUUCUGACAAUAUCGAGAAGGAGUCGUCGCCCAGGGUGGUUGGUCUCAUCAGCAAACACUCUCACACCUUGGAGAAUGAGCACCCCUUUCCCUCGAAUAAUAAUAUACACUACGUCAGUCGCAAAGAAGAUGGUUCCCUUAAGGAAUAUGACGAGGAUAUUAUUCCUGGGUAUGACGCCAAUCUCAUGCGUGCGCGGGCAAGUCUCAGUAGUGUCGAAGAGAAAAGGCUACUCCGCAGGAUCGAUUGGCAUUUGAUUCCACUUUUGGCUAUUAUUUAUAUGCUUAAAAGUGUAGACUUUACCAAUGUAUGUGAAUCGGACCUUAUUGGUAAUCUUUUACUAACCCGGCUGGGACAGGUCUCUUAUGCACGCACAAUGGACAAAGGCACUCCUUAUAACAUCUUAACAGAACUCAAAAUGACCUCGGACCAAUACAAUCUUGUCACAACUAUGUACUAUAUACCCUAUAUCCUUGCAGAGGCACCUUCCAAUCUUCUCAUCAAAGGUGUAAGGCCAUCGGUCUGGCAAGCUAGAAUCAUGAUCUCCUGGGGAAUAGUUUUGUGUUGUCAUGCAGCUGUGACAAACAGACAAGGUCUAUACGCUGUUCGGUUUUUUCUCGGACUCUUCGAAGCGGGGCUUUGGCCAGGAAUACUAGUACAACUGUGCUACUGGUAUCGCCCUGACGAAAUUGCUCCUCGAAUCGUUCUGGUCACCAUCCUUGGAAAUUUCAGCUCCGUUAUAAGCGGCCUCCUUGCAUUUGCUUUCAACGGUGUUGUUGCCGGUGUUCCAUCUACGUCUUCUUGGCUCUCCGAGAAAGAACAAGCAUUUAUACAAGCUCGCCUCCCAAGCAACUCACCCCGAGCUGCUGAGAAAAAUUUCGACCUGGGAGAAUUGAUCAAGACUUUGAAAAAUAAACGAAUUUGGCUUUUCUUACUUUGCUGGGCCUUUUUUACAGUUGGCACUACUGGUCUCACCUUUUACCAGCCAACGGUGAUUGCUCAACUUGGCUUCACAUCAAUCGGCCAAGCACAGCUGUUAAAUAUUCCAUCGGCCAUAUUUGCAGUAAUUCUUACCGUAGCGUUUGGUAUCUUUGCAGAUUCUGGUCGCAUUCCUCAGCCGGCAAUACCGUUGGCCUUUAUGAUUGUCAUUGAGGCAUGCUACGGCGUGCUUUAUGCAUACCCCAAUAAUGGGGGUGUUUAUGCAGCUACAAUUAUAGCCGGAGGAUUUUCCACUGCAUGGUAUACAAUGAUGUGGCCCUGGCGAGUUCAAUCAACCGAGGGGGCAACAGGAUCUGCUUUUGCAAUCGCAUUUGCAAAUAGCUACGGCCAGAUUGGUGGCGCAGUAGGAUCGCAACUAUUCAAUUCGAGAUAUGCCCCGCGAUAUACCACCUCCUUUGGAAUUGCGAUGGGUUUUGUCGGCAUGGCGAUCAUUAUGAAUAUCAUUACUUGGGGCUAUACAUGGAGAAUAGACGUGGAUACGCGGAAGUUGAAGAGAGUGAGGCUCGCGGCGGCAAAGCAGAACCAAGCGGUUUUGGAUGAUGUCGAUAUCCAUGCCGGGCAGAAAAGACAGUAA